AUGGAGCCCUCAACGCCCUCCCGUCCGCCCAAGGACAUCGACACGGCCUACACCAGGCCACUGGAGCCGGAGUCACCGGCCAAUUUUGUCGCUGGAAAGGUUGGCAAGAGGCAGAGGAAGACUGUCACAAUGCCUCCCCCAGUCCUCAAAGGAGCCAGCGACAGCAUCCCCACGGCCACCUCUCGGCUGCAGAAGCAGUUUGAGGAGGCUCAGCAGCAACAGAACCUGCAGCAGAAGGCCCUCAUCAGAUUGGCGAAGACUCUGGACAGCUGGGUUGAGGAGGAGAAGCAGCCAGUCAGUCAGAACUUUGCCCGAAUCUUCUGUGAGAGGUUUGUCAAGUAUGUGACAGCAGAUCUGAGUGCAGCAUCAAUUCUGAGAGGGGGUGCUGCCCCGGAUACUCAUCCGCAGCCAAAUGCAGCAAAGACAGCUGCGAGGGAGCCGACUACCUGGGCGGGUGUUGCUCAGAGGGGGAAAAACUCUGCCCUCCCUGGGGUUGCCCCUGCCAAGACUGCGGCUUCCUCGGCAGGCAGGGCUAGUGGAGCGAGCCUGCAGCCCAAAAGCGCCAGUCAGCCAGGGGGCCCCACAGGGGGCACAAAACAGCAGGAGGACCCACGAGUCCUCGUCACCCUCCAGCCAGAGAAACGGGUCGCCCGGCUACAGCCAUAUGCUGUGCGGCAGGCAAUCGCUGCAAACAUUCAGGGGGUGGGGGAUGUGGCCAAUGUGCCGAAGGUGGAGCCCACCAGGACAGGUUGGGCGAUCACACCAAGCGACAGAGGCAUACGCGACGCUCUGACCACUGAGAAGGCAGUGGCUACUCUCUGUGAAGUCCUUGGCGCCACGGAGAUCCGGCUACCAGAGCGGUGGUACAAUUAUGCUGUCCCAGGGGUCCCAGAAUUUGUCCAGGACUGGGAAGGGGCAAGAAUCCCCACAGACAAGAUGAUUGAGGGAGAGGUUCUGGCUCAGGCAAAGGUAAAGCCAGUGAGCUGUCGACCCUCGCGUCAUGGGGUGAACCCCAAGACAGGGAAGAUUACAUGGAUUGUCUCCUUCCUUGCCCCGGUAAAAGGCUUCUCACUCUUCAAUGCCAGUGAGAGGGCCAGGCUGAUUGAGAAACGGCCUUUGACAGUGAGACAUAACCCAGGAUGCCAGGGGUUCUGCCACCCACCAAAGUGUGCGCGACUGGCAAGAUGCUCCAACUGCAGUGAGCCCACAAGCCAGCAUGAGGGGCCAACAGGCGCGGAGUGCAAGAGAGCGCCAAGAUGUGCCAACUGCUGCCAACCCUACCCAGCUGGGCAUCAGCACUGCCCUGCCGCACCCAGGCGCGUGAAUGGCACCCUCAGGCGCCUAACUCAAAAAGAGCUAGCAGCUGUUCGCCGCCUUGGCGACAGGUGCCACAGGGAUGCUCAGGAGCGGCAACCCCCGCCAGCACAGCCAGCACCAAUGGUCGCAGUGGUGGUGCCUACACCAACCGCUCAGUCAACCCAGUCAACACAGCCCGCUGGGCUAGCACCCCGCAAGCGGGCGGCGACUCAGAGUUCCAUCAGUGAGGAGGGUGCCACCUGGCAGAUGGCCCGCACCAGGCGACGCUCAGCUCGCACAGCAGUGCGGCAGCACAGCCAAGCAGCUAAAGAACAGUCUGACUCCAGCAUGCAGAUGGCAGGUCUGGAGGUCUUCAACCUCAUCCCGCAGGUGGACUUCGGCAGCAGCUCACCAAGUGACUCCUCAUGCUAG